AUGGCAUUGCUGCAGGGGAAGGGCAUCGACGCACACUUCCAUCCAUCACUGCAUUACCAGUUGAAGACAGGUUCCAUGUGUUUCUUGAGAGGGUUUCAGUUGAAGCAUGGAUUGUUUACAGCAACAUCUAUUUGUCUAAUGGCUGCUAGUCCGGCAUUAGUGUAUCUAGUCAUCCAGAGAAACCCAUCUAAUGCAGCUAGUAUCAUCUCAAUUGGAGCUUGUAUUCUCCUGGAAAUGAUCUUCUUAAAGUAUCUUGGGAUCAGCUGUUGCAAUGCCUACAACAGAGCCAAAAUAUCAUCGUUUCGGAUCAUGGGUUCUUUGGUCAACAAUGGGCCUGUAACCAUGGCAACUGUGUCUAUGGACAGUAGCAUCCCUUCUCAACCUCUUCCAGUGACAUCUUCAGAGUCAGCAACCAUGACGGUGGAACCCAAGAUGGAACCAAGUGUCUCUGUUGUUUCUGUAUCAGUAAUAUCAACGGAAACAACAGACGGCAUAAUGAUUCAUUCUAAUACAAUAUAAUUGUUUGUACUUAGUAUACUAUUUGUUAGGGAAAGGGUUGGAUGGGAUUGAGUUUCGCGUUGAUCUUGGGUAUACAACUUUGUAGAACUUUUUGGUUUGUGUCACUUUACACACAAAAAACACCAGGUUACUUGAUUUAAAGGCACUUGACACUAUUGGUAAUUACUCAAAGUAAU